AUGAAGGCCACUCCGCUGCUCAUCUCAUGGCACAACGAUAAUGCCCCUAUCUAUUCGGUGCAUUUUGACCCCAAUGGCAAGGGCCGGCUUGCCACUGCUGGAAAUGAUAACAAUGUCCGACUCUGGAAAGUCGAGUCGACUGGCGAAGAACGAAAGGUGACCUACCUGAGCACACUGGUGAAGCAUACGCAGGCAGUCAAUGUGGUCCGGUUCAGUCCGAAAGGUGAGAUGCUGGCAUCUGCCGGGGACGAUGGCAAUGUCUUGUUGUGGGUGCCGUCGGAGGUGCAAGGACAGACCGGCUUGGGUGAGGAUCGAUCGGACGACAAGGAAACCUGGCGGGUGAAGCACAUGUGCCGCUCGUCUGGGGCUGAGAUCUACGACCUGGCCUGGUCCCCUGAUGGUGUGUUUAUCAUCACUGGAAGCAUGGAUAACAUUGCCCGGAUCUACAAUGCUCAGACUGGCCAAAUGGUGCGACAGAUUGCCGAACACUCUCACUACGUCCAAGGCGUGGCCUGGGAUCCGCUCAAUGAAUUCGUCGCGACGCAGUCGUCCGACCGAUCAGUCCAUAUCUACAGCUUGAAGACCAAGGACGGCCAAUUCACCCUGACACCGCAUGGCAAGAACCUCAAGAUGGACUUACCGACCAAACGGAUCUCCUCCAGCAGCCCGGCUCCCGCAGACAUUCCCAGCAAGCCACAGCACACCACCGGCAGUUCUAUCGCGAUCGCUUCGCCUGCUCCAUCGACUCCAGGAACUCCAAUGGCGUCAAACCUGCCCAUGGACCCGCCUCCAGUCUCCCACAGCCGCCGCUCCUCCUUCGGGUCUUCUCCCUCCAUCCGGCGCUCUGCAUCGCCCGCUCCAUCUCUGCCAUUGCCGGCCGUCAAGCCGUUGGAGGUUUCGUCUCCCAGUCUUCUGGGGGGUCUCGGGGUCAAGAACGUCAGUAUAUAUGCCAACGAAACAUUUACGUCCUUCUUCCGACGACUGGCAUUUGCUCCCGACGGGAGCUUGUUGUUCACCCCAGCCGGGCAGUACAAGACCAGUCAUGUCUCCCCCACCGAUUCAUCGAAGACGACCGAUGAAAUCAUCAACACGGUCUACGUCUAUACUCGGGCCGGUUUCAACAAGCCACCCAUCUCUCACCUUCCCGGUCAUAAGAAGCCGUCUGUAGCGGUCAAGUGUUCCCCGGUGUUUUACUCGUUAAAGCAGGGCACCCAGCCGGUCAAGAACAUCACGUUGGAUACAUCUUCCGGGGAUGACAUGUUCCCGCCGUUGCCCGAUUCCGUGGUGUCUACAAACCCAUCAUCCACCAGCCAGCCAACGAUGGAGCCCCCGACCUCAACGCCCUCGGCCGGUGAAGCAUCAAAGCCCCAGUCGUCUCCGAAGCCGACCGAUAAUGGUGGCAACGACGCCAGCCAGAGUUCUACAGCCCCUGUCUUCGCGCUUCCCCACCGCAUUGUAUAUGCGGUUGCCACUCAAGAUGCUGUCUUCGUGUACGACACGCAGCAGCAGACUCCCCUUUGCGUUGUGAGCAAUCUGCACUUUGCAACCUUCACGGACUUGACUUGGUCCCAUGAUGGCUUGACAUUGAUCAUGAGUUCUUCUGAUGGGUUUUGUUCUGCCCUCUCGUUUGCACCUGGGGAGUUGGGACAGCCACACACCGGGUCAGCCUCGGCAGCUCACAACCCCGUCGCAUCAGGCACUUCAUUGGUGAACAUCACGCCUCUGCCGACCCCGACACACGCCCCGUCCCCCGUCAAAGCGAGUCAUGCGCCAUCAAGCAGUGGAGGAUCCGCGGCACCUAGCACGUCCCAAGUGCCCCCGGCCAGUCCAGCCCGUUCUAAUUCGGCCUGCUCGGUCGCAACCCAAUCGUCUACGCAGCAAGCCACGACGAAUGUAAUCAACAACCCGACCCCAACGCUCGGAUCUGUCCCCUUGGUCACGGCCACACACUCUGCCCAGCCCCAGCCCUCGACGCUUCCACUCACCACGCCGCCCCAAACCCCGAUGUCGAGUGUCCCGCAAGGGGGAGCCCAAGCAACCAGCGGCAGCAUCCUGGGGAAACGCGAUGCACAAGCUGCUAGCGAGUCAGAAAAGGAGGAAGGCAAAGACGCGGAGUCCACGGCCCCGCCGCAGCAAUCGAAAAAGCGUCGAAUCGCCCCGACCCUCGUCUCAGCCGGCACCGAUUCCACUUCAUCGAACAAGGAUGGCAGCCGUGGCGCCGAUGCCGCGAAUUAG